GGGCGGGUGGACGAUUGGAAUGUUGUUCACAGCCUCAAGAUAGGCAACAGGAAGAGAAGCCGGUGGGCCUCCCACCGGUUGAAGGUGAUGGCUCUUCAGGCUGGAGGGGCCAGGGUUUGCACCAUUUAAGCUAUGCCGCGCGGCCCGCGGGCCGGCGCGUCCGACCGCACGCCCGAGAGGAGGCCAGAGACGGUCAAGGUUGUCGUCCGCUGUCGGCCUCUCAACCAGAAGGAGAUCGCCAACGGAUUCGAAAAAACGGUUGAUAUCGACACCAAAAGAGGACAGAUUCGUCUGAAAAAUCCUAAAGCGGAAAAUGACCCUCCGAGAGAAUUUACAUUUGACGCCGUUUACGACGAAAGCUCGAAGCAGGUGGAGCUGUACGAUGAGACUUUCCGGCCGCUCGUCGAAUCAGUCCUGGAGGGCUUCAACGGCACCAUCUUCGCCUAUGGGCAGACGGGCACGGGCAAAACGUACACUAUGGAAGGUGUUCGAGACGAUCCAGAGCAGAGAGGCGUCAUCCCCAGCUCGUUCGAGCACAUCUUCGGCCACAUCGGGCGCUCGCAGGACUGCCAGUACCUGGUGCGCGCCUCCUACCUCGAGAUCUACCAGGAGGAAGUGCGGGACUUGCUGUCCAAGGACCAGACGAAGCGUCUGGAGCUGAAGGAGCGGCCCGACACGGGCACAUACGUCAAGGACCUCUCGUCGUUCGUGUGCAAGGGCGUGAAGGAGAUCGAACACGUCAUGGGUGUGGGCAACCGCAACCGCAGUGUCGGCUCCACCAACAUGAACGAGCACAGCUCGCGCUCGCAUGCCAUCUUCCUGGUGACGGUCGAAUGCAGCGAGCUGGGCCUGGACGGCGAGCCGCACAUCCACGUCGGCAAGCUCAACAUGGUGGACCUGGCUGGCAGCGAACGCCAGGCCAAGACGGGCGCCUCGGGCGAGCGGCUAAAGGAGGCCACCAAGAUCAACCUCAGCCUGUCGGCGCUCGGCAACGUCAUCUCGGCCCUGGUGGACGGCAAGUCGUCCCACAUCCCCUACCGCGACUCCAAGCUGACCCGUCUGCUUCAGGACUCGCUGGGCGGUAACGCCCGCACCAUCAUGGUGGCCAAUCUGGGUCCGGCCGCCUACAACUACGACGAGACGCUGACCACGCUCCGCUACGCGAACAGAGCCAAGAACAUCAAGAACAAGCCCAAGGUCAACGAGGACCCCAAGGACGCCCUGCUGAGGGAGUUCCAGGACGAGAUCGGCAAACUGAAGGCUCAGCUGCAGGCCCGCUCGGCGGGCGGCCGCUCCAGCUCCGGCUCACGGCGUCGGCAGCGCGCCGCCGCCGCUGCCGCCGCUGUCUCCGCUGACGCCGAGUCCGAGCCGUCGGCCGAGGAGUACCUGCAGCAGCAGCGCAGUCAGAUGGAGCAGGAGCGGCAGGCCAUCGUCGGCGACCAGAGCCUGAUCGCAGAGGACAAGGAACGCCUGCUGGAGGAGAUGCGGAAGAAGGAGGAGCAGCUGGAGCGAGAGCGCCGAGCCCAGGAGGAUCUGGCGACGCGCAUCAAGGACAUGGAGUCCAAGCUUCUAUCGGGAGGGAAGAACAUCGCCGACCGCACCAACAAGCAGCAGCGCCAGCUGGAGCUGAGCCGGCAGAAGAUCGCCGAACAGAAGGCCCGGGAGAGAGAGGUGCUGCAGUGCAUCGAGGACCAGGAGGGCUCCCGCCUGGAUAUGCAGCAGACCUUCCAGUCACUUCAGCAGGAGGUCGAUGUGAAGACCAAGAAGCUGAAAAAGCUGUUCGCCAAGCUGCAGGCGGUGAAGCGGGAGAUCUCCGACGCCACCGAGGAGUUCCACGGGGAGCGGCGAGAGCUGGAGGAGACGGGCGUCUCCCUGCGCAAAGAACUGAAGUUGAAGCAGCUCAUCAUCGACAACUUCCUGCCGCCGGACGAGCUGCCGCAGCUGCUGGCGCGCGCCGAGUACCGCGACGACGGCGACGAGGAGGAGGGGUGGCGGCUGUUACCCGGCGCUGGCUCGACGCUGGAGGGGCGGCCUGUCAGCGCGCGCGGUGCCCGCCGCCCCGUCUCCGAGUACGCCCGCCGCGCCGGCUCGCUGGGCGGCGGCACGCGUUUCAAGGGCGAGAACAUCAUGAGUCUGGAACUGGACGCGCCGGCGCGCACCACCCGCGACUACCGCGGCCCGCUGGUGGCGCCUCGCAUGCAGGCUGCCCUGCAGGCGGCGCUCACGCCCACGGAAGACGUCAUCAGCAUCGACGCUGCCGCCCCGCUGCGCGCCGCUCAGUUCCGGCUUAAGGCGUCCCGAAAGGAGCUGCUUGCGUCGAAGCCGUCGCGGCCGCUCCCCGGGACGGCGCCGGACGCUGCACGUCACUACCCUCAGUCGCGCGGACUGGUGCCCAAGUAGCGGCCGG